AAGCGUGUUUUUAGCUUUAGCAACUUGGAUCCACAGUUAGCCUAAACAGCCUUUUUUUUUAAUCUGUACUCUUUCCAAUUGGAAUGGACAGGGUUGAAGGUUCGAAGAUGAUAGAAGACAUUCCAAGACGGGAGCACAGAAAACUGCGUCACUGAUUGUUUUAGCGGGAGAUAUCUGGGCGUCAUGGUGGAAGUUGGCGUGAAGAGCGAAGGGGCGUGGCUCUGCCAGCCUGAGGGACGCUGCCUGGCUGACGUGGUGCUGGCUGUUGACGUAACUACGACAGAUGAAGAUGACGUCCCAGUGACACGUUGGGGCGCCCCGGUCCUGUUGGAGCGCGUGGACGAAGACUCCCCCUGCGUCUUGACUGUGACGUGUAGCCCCGCCUCCCCCGCCGCCAUCAGCCGCCUGCUGCUCGUCAGCGAGGCUCGGACCAUGGAGGUGUACCUGCAGACGGGAGAAUACGGCGGAACGGUUCGGGGAGAGCGGUGGGACCAGGUGCAGCAUCCGGACAGAGGGCCGUUCUACAGGAAGCAGCUGACCCUGGAGGAGGGGUCAUCGUCAUGUGACGUCAAGCUCCUCUCCCUGGGGAAUCGCGGCAGCGUGAUGCUGUGCGGCGUGGUGGUGGGGCUCCAGCCGCUGCAGCCCCGCCCACCGGGCGACGCCAUCGACAUGCAGCGGGUGCAGAGUCUGGUGGAGGAGAUGGGCACCGGCCUGUCUCCGGGGGCCCAGAACCUCAUGGACAUGGUGCGCCUCCAACACAAGGAGCAGACGGGCGCCCUCCAUGACUUCCUGCCUCUCCUGAUGGGGAGGGGCUUUUUGUCUGCUUUGACUGGUGGAGGCCACGCCCCCCAGAUGGCGCCACGCAAACCCCCGCCUGAUGACUCCGCCCACCCAGACGGGCCAGAGCGCCAAGUUGUCGAGGGCGGCGAGCUGGCCGGGGUGAUGUCACACUUCCUGAAGGGGCGGGAGCACGGACAGGUGCCGAGCCCCGCCCCCGACCUCCUGCCCGUGCUCCAGAGGGUGUGCGGUCAGGUGACGCAGCUCAGGCUGGACGAGGAGACAAGAAACGACACACGGGCGAUGGAGCGUCGCCUGGAGGAGAUGGAGCGCAGGCUGAAGGAGCACAUGGACCUCCGCCUGGAUGCUCUGGAGCACAAACUGGAGAAGACUCUGCUGGCCGCCCUCCAGCAAGUGGCGGCGGCGGGAGGAGCGGCGCCGCCUGGAACGCCGGGGACGACGGUCCAGGGGCCGUAGCCGUAAGGAGGCGGAGCCAGAGUGCAAGUAACACGCAACCAACGCAAGAACUUACUUCCUGACUUUUCUCUCACACCACUCCACUCAACGCUUGUCUUGACUUGUACUAAAAGAAUAAAAGAUAUAUUUAUAGUGACACAGAAGAA